AUGACACCGGAGAUCCAGGCCUUGGAAUGUGGGAUGAACACACGGCUUGUGUAUCCUCAUAUUCAACUUUUUUCUUGGUUCAAGGUUAACCAUAAUGAGGAUCAUUACCAUGGCUGUCCUUAUGGAGACUGUUGGGCUUUCACAACAUUUCCAGGACCCGAUGACUUGGAAAUUGAUUUUACCUGGUCUCAUACUCGGGAGGAAUUUCAGGAACUCUUUGAAACAUCUGGGGUUAAGCUAAUUUACGACCCCCAAACUGGUGCUUUUGGCUAUGAGCAGAGCCUCAGUGGCAAAUUUUUUGAUGGACCAAUCCCCUCGAACACGCUUCAACUGCUUCACAAUGAGAAUUAUCCCCACUUUGAUCCCCAAAGCAUCCACGGAUGGCCUAAAGGUGCUGCUGAUUGUUUCAUGUGGGGCAAAGAGCCGCCUCAUAUUAAAUGUGGUCUACCAUGCCGGCUGAACAAAGAUCCUGGAAUGAACUCCGGUGUAUACGGUUCCAAGAUGUGA